CUGUCUGACGCUUACAUACCUAAUGCUUGAGCAUUGGCGGGUGACGUAGGUUGUAGGGUUGUGGAUUGACGUUGCAGGGUCUAUCGCCCCAAGCUUCCAGUUCGUCAAUCAGUCUUCGGACGAGGAACAAUCAAGACUGAACUUCGGCGCUGGAGUCGUGAACUGAAACCAAACUAUUUUAUAAUAUAUAAUCAUUCAGAAUCAGUCUAUUCGCACCAGUUGGGACUGUAAAACGAAAUAUCGCAUCUCAGGAUCUGACCAGCCAUAUUGCGCUCGCGAAGAAGAUGUGUCACAUCUGAAAAACUGCGCCUCUGUGCAUUGCCAAUUUGUAAGAAAAACAGAAGGAAAUAAAAACCCACCCCAAGACACUGCAUUAUGGCUAGUCUCCAGGCUGAAUUGCUCCACCUCCAUAAGGGCCAAGUUCCUUUCAAGGGCUCCAUGAAGAGACACAGCAGGGAAAGACCCCCAGAGGCCACACCCAUUAAGAAACGCAUCAUGGCUUCAAUGAGCCCAAAGUCAAGGAAAACAUCUGACUGUUUCCUUAAAACUACCAACAUCAAGAAGGAGAGAGUGGAAGAGGAGGUAAUGGAGCACCAUCCCGUAAUGAGCUCAGGUCACGUCCUGGGCUAUACACACUUCCCUUUGAUAAAGAAUGGGGGAGCGCUGGAUCUCAGCCCCGGCUUGAGGAACACCUUGGCCCAGUUCACUUUGAGUAGCCAGUGCUCCCUGGGCGGCCCUGCCACAUUCUCAGGCCACUAUGGCCACACUAAGGCCACUCCUCACCCGUCUCUGGGCAGUGCUGCCACUGCACCCCUCUUGGUGCCCCCUGACAGCUCCACAGAGCUCACCCUCUGCUCACUGGAAGGGGAGCCCAUCUCCUGCUUCUCAGUGGGGGGAGAGUGGCGCCUGUGCCUGCCCCAGGUGCUCAACACGGUGCUCAGGGACUUCUCUCUGCAGCAGAUCAACGCCGUCUGCGACCAACUCUACGUAUACUGCUCGCGUUGUGACGCGGCGCAGCUCCACGUGCUCAAGGUCAUGGGCGUGCUGCCGGCCGGAGCGCCUUCCUGCGGGCUCAUCACGCUCACUGACGCGCAGCGCCUCUGCAACGCCCUGCUGCACCCGGGAGAUACGGCGCCGAGGGACCAGGACGAGAGCGAGAAGGAGGGCAAGGACGGUGGCGGGUUCUGGGUGGAGCACCAGUGCCUGGGCAAAUGCCAGGGCCUGUUUGUGCCCCGGCUCUACACGGCCGUCGACGUGCCUUGCAUCCGAUGCGCCCAGUGCCGCGUGCUCUUCUCGCCCAAGAGGUUUGUCAUGCACUCGCACCGACGGCCGGACAAGCGCACCUGCCACUGGGGCUUCGACUCGGACAAAUGGGCCUGCUACCUGCAGCUGGGGCGCAAACACCUCGGGACGCCCGACGAAGUGAAGUACAAGCAACUGUUGGAGAAAAUGAAAGAGAAAUUUCCCAACAUCCAGCAACUGGAGAAGAAAACACUCAGCAUUGAGGGUGCCAAACCCAAGACUGAGUUAGAUCUGGGUUCCAUGAGGGAGGAGCCUGGCGAGACAGACGCAGAUGGAAAGGCAGCGCCUCCACUUGUCUUUGCCCUUGACAGCCAUCUCUAUCCCCACAUGAAAGGAAACCAAAGCCACCUUGACAUCAUGCAACACAGUUUUCUCUUGUAUAUGCAGAAUAAGCUCCAUGGUCUCAACCCAGCCCUGAUUCCUGAGUUUGGGCUUGUGAAAGAAGGAGGUCUUCUGAAUGUUGACAUGCUCCGAGCGCUCCUUAACCCUGAGAAUAAACAACACUCUCUGGACGAGAACAGGCUCAGCUCGCAGGAUGCCAGCUACACCUGUUUCCUCAUUAUCAAGCUUCUGCCAAGCAGUGGGCCCGUCGUCCAAUCACAGCGGGGAUGCCCAGACAAGGAGCCGGCGGAGAGCGUCUCCAUAGAAACGCAGCUGCGUGGGAAAAGUGUUGGCGGGGGCGUGGGUGAGGAGGACAGCAGGGAUGGCAUGGUGAUGGAGGUGCUCCAACUGUACACCGCCCAGCAGCAGAAGCUCCAGACCACCCUGCACAAACAGAAGCAGCUCGAGAAGGAAUUGGAGGUGUUGCGUCAGGGUGAGGUGGCCGAGGCAGCGCUGACUGAGCACGCUCUGAGACAGCGGGAGGCGCCACAGGAGCAGAGCCGCCUGGAGACGCUCUGCCAGCACACCUCCUCCCACAGAGCAGACGGCGGCGAGCUCCCGCCAGACAGCCACUACGCCGCAGAGCUGCUGGAGCUCCGCAGGAGGCUGGAUCGGGCCGAGGAGGACCGUGAGGAGUUGCAGGAGGAGUUGCGUCGGGAGCGCGAGGCCCGGGAGAAGCUGGAGCGCACCAUCGCCGAGCUCAAGCAGCAGAUGAAGGGCUCCAGUGGCCCCGCCACCCCAGACAUGCCCCUCCUGACGCCCCCCAGCAACGACCCACAGACGCCCCGCACCCCCUAGCAACCUCGCCCACGCGCACACACAGCCUUGCAAAAUUACACUGAGAAACAUGCAAACCUCCAAACACAGUCGAGAGAUGUGGCUUGGUGCUACAGUCACCAGAAAAAGCCAUUCUCUUCACCAUAUGGGUCUGAUGCCAAAAAUGACAUCACUCUGAAACACUAGUCCUUCAUCUGGUGAUGUCAUAACUGGAAAAUAUGACAUGGCAAUUAUUGCAGUUGUGUAUUGGUUUGCUUCUACUAUUCUUGGACUGAUAAUAAUAAAAUAAAUAUGUUAUACAAUUGUAUACACCUGUUAUGCUUUGAAAAGUUUUAAAAAUCACUAUCUCUGAAAAGAAAGGGUAGAGUUUGAAUGAAGUAUAGAGGUAAAGAUUUACUCAUGUUUAUGGUAAAUUGUACAGUCAUAAUCACCAGGCUCAUUUGUGCAUCAUCUACUGCAAAAAUGAGAUCUGAUAUUUUAACAACUUUGGUAAAACAAAACAGCCAAAAUCACAGAGAAAGUAUAUGACACUGUAAAUAUUAUAUUGAGCUAUUUAUUAUUAACAGAUCAUAAAAAGACAACAUUGUGUUAUUGAACGUGUACUUAAUGUGUUCCUAAUAUACAUUUAUAUUUUAUGUAUGUAUGUAUGUUUGAAUGUACAUUUUAAAUGUAUGUAUGAAUCAUGUUUACUGAAAUACAAAACUUAAGCAGAUUUAAAAGUUUGGAUGAAUUUGAACCUAUUCUUAAGAUCCUUGUAUUUGAAACAAUAUUGGAUUUGAAAUGUUCCUCAAGAAUAGGGAUUUUUUUACUUCUUUUCCCUGUUUACAAUUUUAUAAAGUCCCAAGGUGAUUUAUAAUUUCAAACCUGUUGGUCUAAAUGUGUGUUUUAUUAAGAAGAGUAGGAAAGAGAGUUACAUUACUCUUGCAAACUGCCAUCACUUCAGUUAUCUAUCUCUUUGACAAUCAGCAUCAUUUACUCUCAUGAUGACACUUCAGCUGCUAAAAGUGUAGCUACCUCAGAUGUACGUCAGGUGAAAGUUACUGUUUUUUAAGUGUUACCAUCCUUUUGGAUCAAUAUCUAAUGUCAUUUAUGUUUAUCCAUAGCCUCUAUCCUGUAACUUGGUCUAAGCAAGCUAACUUGCUUCAUAGGUUGUAGAGGAUAUUUGCUUUGAGCUUUAUGAUGCAUGGCUAAAGACAAUUAAAAAUGGUUAAUCUUUGCAUUUAUGUACUUUCUAUAGCCUGGUUAAAUUAUUUUCCAAAUCACUGUCAAGCUUCUUUUUGUUGUUGGGUUUUGGAUUGUAUAAAGUGACACUUAUUUCCUACCUCCUCUUGUAAUUAACAAAGACACAUUAUCACCA